UUUUCGCUUCUCUCUCGAUUCAUAUACACUAAAUCCCUUCAGAAAACUCUGCCAAUCAAUCGAGUGAAUGGGGACCCCAAGAAAGAUGUGGACAUUGGCGGAAGAAUCGGCCCUCCUGGCUGGAGUAGCCAAGCACGGUGCUGGAAAAUGGAAGACCAUCCUCACCGAUGAAGAAUUUGCUCCUCGCCUAGUUAAUCGAUCCAAUGUUGAUCUCAAGGAUAAAUGGCGUAACCUUAGCUAUCAUGUGCCGAGCAGUGCUUGGCCAGCUCCCGAAAGCUCAUCAGAUAAUAACUAUAAGGAAAGUGAGCCUUGGUACCAUGAUAUGAUUCUUCAAGCACUUUCAUCUGUGGAGAACCCGGAUGGACAUGGGAUUGAUAUAAAUUCAAUUCAUUCUUAUAUUGAGCAAAAGUCUGAUAAAAAGUUGCCAGAAGUUUUUAGUAUCUAUUUGACAACAAAGCUCAGGAGAAUGGCGACACAAGGGAAAAUUGAGAGGAAUGGUAAUCUUUACAAGAUCAAACAUGAUGUACCAGUGGAUCAUGAGAACAACACUGAUGAGCAACAGGAAGUCAACAACAAUUCUGAAGAAACAGAGGAAGAUUUGGCAUCGUAUGCUGCCUAUCAAGUUGCUGUGGCUGAAGACGCACAACGUAAAGCAAUAGAAGCAUGUAAAGAGGUAGAUCGCUUGCAGAACCUUGUUGAAGAGAGUAUGGCAAUGCUAAAAUUUGCUGAAGAGGCAUAUGAAAUAGUUUUAAGAGACGGGUUUGUUCUGCUUCGUUGUGAUUCUUAUAGUGUGCAUGAGUCAAGAAGUGUUUCAUCGAACGAUGAUAUUCCGAAAGAGGAUUAGAAGAUUUGGAUCCAUUAAUUUUUUUUAUAUCCUUAUAGUGUUGUGUGCAUGGUUAUUGGUUAGUCAAAAUGUUGUUGUCUGUUGUGAUGAAAUUGUUGUGUGUUAUGGUGAGUCAAAAUAUUGUUGUGUGUUAUGGUGAGUCAAACCUAUUUGUUUGUUGAAACUAAGUCAUUCCGCCAAACUUUCGGGGUAGUAUAUGACUACAUGUAUGCAUCCAAAUCUAUUUUAUGUUGUAUUUUGUGGUUUUAUUUAG